CGGAGGCCAAGAAGGGUGCAAGCUCCGACCCUACUUUUCUGUUUUGUGAUUAUUUUGUCGUUUAUUUUUACUUUAUUUUCACAAUAUGUAUCAGAUAUGAUUUCUUACAACUGACAAGUUUCUAAUUUCUCGUGUUUUUUUCUUAUAGUAUUUACAAUAGACGAUAACUAAAAAGAAAGACAUACCCCAUCCUCACUACGACUACCAGAAUUCAAUGCGCAUAUGAACAAGAGGCUCCAGACUGUUAACGCGACUGAACAAAGUGAAUCGGAUUUAUUGUGUAUAUUAUCCUGGGGUGUAGCAGCCAAACAACAAGAAAACAUGGAAGCAAAUGGUUUUGUAGGAUGGCAUGGCAGCAGUCUUCUUUGCACCUGAUGGUGAUGACUGUCAUGCGCUCUGUUCAUUUCAUCUUCCUGUAGAUUGUGUUGCCAUGGAGCCCUGCGGAGGAAAGGAGCCAGCAAGUUAUACAAAGCAUUUGUCUGCUGGCUGCGAGCAGACAGCCAUGGGUGGCCAGGAUUCACAGACUGAGGUAAAGCCUCCAUCUGACACAUUUGAUGCUGUGCCCCCUGAGCCUCAGCCAUCAGGGAAACUGAAGAGGACUGCAUUGAGAUUCUUUGGAGGACGUAAAAGCAUUUGUGUUUUGCCCAACUUCUUUGGAGGGAGGAACAAAAAUCAGAACAAGUGUGCCUCUAAAAAGGGAGUAAGCAAGAGUAAAACGCAUGAUGGACUUAGCAAGGCAGGUUGGGAGGACAGCCUGGGAAGUGGAUAUGUUCCAGCAGGAGAUUUUGAGUACCACAGCCAGACUCCUAGCACUUGUUGUAGUGAAUUUGGUCACUCUACUGGUGAUCAGAAGUCCUUUUCCCUCCCCCGUCAGAAAAAGGGUUUGAGGGGACUUUUUAACAGCAUCAGGCGUCAUAGAAAGAAUAGAAAUUGUGAUUUAGAAAAAAAUGAAAUGGUUGCAAUGUCUCAUGUCUGCAACAAAGAGGUGCCUAUUGCCCAGACUAAGAUUGACCAAAAUGACACUGAGUGCCUGAACAGUUUGUCUGAAUCCAAUGUGCCUGUUUCGGCAAAUGUCGAAGAUUGUUUGACUAUUGCGCCUGAAUGUAUUAAUGUUGAUGUCAUAGUGUCUGAGAACAAUAUGGUGAAACAAAGGAGUGUGGACUCUCUUGUAGGGGAACUGAUGAAAGGCAAGGACGUUGUUGCAAAGAAUGAUAACCCAAAUAAACAUGAAGAGACACUCCAUGAAACCACUGAACCUGGUUCUCUCCCAAACACCAACCUAGAGUCUACAGUGAACGCCCAGCUGCCUACUGGCUCAUCUCAAAUAAGCUUGCUUUAUGGUGAUGUGGCGUCUCUGAAGAGUUUUGACUCACUCACUGGCUGUGGUGACAUAAUAGCUGAUCAAGAUGACGACAGUAUUGCAGAGAGCACAGUCUCGGGGGAAAGGAGUCGAAAUGCAGGCAAAAGGAGUUCCUGUUAUGUUACCUACCAGGGUGGAGGAGAAGAAAUGGCCACCCCUGAUGAGGUGGCUGGAGACUAUCUCCAUGACCUCUGGGAAAAUGACGCUGUAGAGAACAUUUGCUAUACAGACAGCCAGGAACCAGACUUUCUAGAACACAGUGAAAGUCCUAGGAUGACACCUGAAGAGCCAUCUAGCUCCUAUAACAUGGACAUCAGCAACAACAGCAAUGGUGAUCUUGAAGUUACAGAGACCACCCUUACAUCUGCGGAUGUCAUGACCCCUCAGAGCGACCAUCAAGAGUCAGUUCCUAACAGCGAUGAGGGUUACUAUGACUCUACCACCCCAGGACAAGAUGAAGACGGGCGUGACAAAGUUGACAAUGUCAGGACGGAUAGACUACCAAGGGACAGUUACAGUGGCGACGCUCUGUAUGAGCUUUUUGAGCCUGAUGAUAGUCUUAUCAGUCCACCUCUUGAAAAAUCUAAGCUGCCUGAUCCACUUGAGUUUUUAGAAAUGCCAGCUCAGUGUAGUGAUGUAAAUGCUAUGUUCACUCCUGAAACAGAUCUAAUGGAAGAGGACAGGCUGACUUUGAUCCAGCAGGACCUUCUCUGCGCGGAGUUGAAAAGCAUGUGUAAACUUUCCAAAGAGCAGGCUCUGUUCACCAAAGGGAGGAUCCACCAAGAUAAUAGCUUCCAGGAAAGCAUUUCUAAGGUCAACUCAAAAACUCAAGCUUCUAUGAAAGAGGACCAGGUCAACCCAGAGGCUUUGAAUAAAAAAGAAAACCGAUCGCAUGCCAUAGAGCAGAGAUAUUUCAAAGCCUGUAAUGGUGGGAAUAGUGAGAGAAUGUCAGAUGCAGCUUUUAGCUCCCUUGCUUCAAAAACAUGUCAAUCACAAGAAAUGUGCCCUGAGCAAAACAAGCCACAGUCCCCCAACUUAAGAGGAAAUCAUGAUAUUUCUAAAGAAACAAAUAAUGAUUUGAAGGAUGACCAGGCAAUUUGCUUCUCCCAAGCCCUAGUGGACUUUACAAAACAGUCACAGUUUUAUAGUGAUUCAAAUGAAAGCAUGGGAGGCUCUGAGUCAGGCUCUCCCUUUUCCCAAAACAUGCAAUCCCUCCCAGCCAUUGUCACAUUUGAUGUCGUGGACAUAGAUAAUGAGGGGGAAUAUGAUCAGCAGAUGGAUAUGGUAAUGGAGGAGGAAGACAUCACGUCGCCUUACGAAGUGUUUGAAGAAAGCUACCUGCAAAAGGAUGCUUUUGCUGAAUGUGACUUACAAAUGUUUGACCUCUAUGAACGGAGUCUCCUCAGUAAUACUUGGGGAAUCGCCAGCCUGCCACGUCACCUUAGCCUUACACGAGUCCAUCAGUCAAGUCCACUGGCUCCUCUGUCGAGUCCUCUGGCCUUAAAUCGGAGGAGUAGAUCCCUGGACACAGAGAGCUUGGAGUUAGAGAUGACUGACAUGUAUUUAGGGAGUGGGGCAGCGCUAGCAUCAUGCCCUAGAACUGAAAGAGUGUCAAAGAUGGCGUCCUCACUUCAACGCAAAAAUAAUGGUCACAUUUCCACUUCAGAAAAUGGGGACAAUAGAAACAUGUUGCAGUCAUGGCAACCAGAUACUGAGGGGACUGUAACCCACCCUGGAGCAGAUGGGAAAAGAAAAGAGCAGACGCACAGUCUCUAUCAAACCCAAGACGGACACGUGGUAUCAUUCAGUCAGUCUGUCAGUCGAGUCCCAAACUGUAAACCUCAACUGAUCUCAGCUAGCAAACUGACUGACAGAGUAUCCUGUAAUUCUAUCCCUCAGAAUACAGGACCGUUGCAUAGGCCAUCUCAUCUUCCUUUGCAAUCAGAAUCCUGUCGGCCUCAGGCCCCUGGUCGACCUCAUGCUCACUAUGGGAGGUCAGAUAAGGCAUCAGGUGGUGGGGGUGAGGCCCUUUUUUACACAUCGACUGUUGACUCUCAUCCUUACAAUCAACACAGUAAGAUUAGGCCAGUGGGGAUCACCCAUGGAAUGCCUCAUCUUUGCUCUGAGUCUGGGAGUCCUGUAAGCCCAGUGGACUAUGAGCAGCUGCCAGACUUCACCAGUAAAGGAAGAAAAGCAGUGGAAAUGGUGCGCCCUGUUGAAUGUAGCAAACACAUGUCUGGAGCAAAUCCCUAAAAAUGGGAUGAAACCUCUACAGUUAGCAUAUAGGCCUGUAUCCCACGUUUUCAUACUAUGUGCCACCAAAAACACCAUCUAGUACGUUUACAUCACCGAAAAUAGAAUGAUUGUCUGUUACCGUUAUCACACAUUGCAAAUAUGCUGUUUUGAUUAAUAAGCUAUUGUAUUUCAAUGUGAUGUACAAGCCUUAGAAUUUGUGUUGCAAUGGAUAAGGAAGCCUGUGCUGUUCUAUCAUGCUGCGUUAUCUUGUGAACAGUCAUCAAAAUACAAACUCCCAUGCAAUCUUUCAUUAAAAUGUUCAGGCAUGAGUAUACCUUGCAUUUGCUCAGCCCAGCGUUAGGCUACACAUCACAUUUUAUUACACAUAUUGGUAGCUAAACUACAUGGUAUGUUCACUCUGUCAAGUUGUAGGUAGCCUUUAGUCUUUAAAAAAGUGACUUUCUUUACAGAAAGCUGUUUACUGCAGUCUUUGUACUAGUACACUAUUAUGAUGGUAUUAGAUUGUGAUGCAUUUAUAAGAUUCAGCUUCAACAUGCACAUUUGGAUAGGAGGUCAGUUAACCUUUUUUAGAUAUCAAAUGUAGGGGGAACCGCAUCGAUAAUGUCUUACAUUUUCGUGAAACUGAUUUUGUUGGUAGGCUAUAAACUGUAUGUUUCAAUGUGUUUUAUGUUUAGAAUUGAUUUAAUCUUACAUCAAUAAUGGUUACGCUGUAUGUUUUAUUUUUGGUUGACAGAAUCUGAUAUCUGAAAAUAAUGCUUUGUUCUUUAGAUUUGUAUUCUGUAGUACCUCUGCAAUAAUUCUAAAAAAUGAUGUUAAAUUUGUAUUCACAACCAAUCCAUCUGCUGAAAACUGAUAUAGAUUGAUUUUACCCAGGUAAUCGUAACUCAACUGUCUGCUGGCAAAGUCUGUGAAAUUGUGUCAUGCUGGUUGGCAUUUUGGGAUAUUGCCUCAGUUACCUUUUUUUUUGUCUAGCACUAUGAAGAGUAUAAUGCUGCCUUGCACUUAAAUCCUUGAUACAUUUGUUUUGUUUGUAGAUAAAAAGACAAAAAACACGGGGAUGUUUGGGAUACUUUUUUAUUGCCGAUUUUAGUAGAUUCAUCAUAAAUGUUCCUUAUUUCUGUGAUUAUCAUACUAAUGUAAGACCUUUUCGAUAUAUUAUACUCAUUGACCAACUCUGCAUUUGUUUCUAUAUCUCAGCACUUUCUUUUCUACACUACAUUGUCUGUUUCAUCUGUAAGACCUGUCCUAGCUACAGUUAGUUUUAUGUAUUUACUGAGCACAUGGCUACAUGUUUUUAUUUUUGUAUUUUGAGCAUUAAUACAUCUUAUCAUGAUUCUUGUCUUUAAAGUGGCAAUCUGCAGUUCCAACAACAACAAAGCGGUCACCCCCCACUGAUCUGGUAAACAGCUGAGGGAUAGGGCAGAAGAAAUUUAACCACUUUCAAACGCAUGAACAGACCUAAUAUGUAUCAAUGAUGGUAUCAAAGUUAUAGUUUUAAUCAUGUUUUUAGGCUAUACAGUGUUUGUUUACUUUUUACAACAUUAAUUACAAACAAAGGAGUAAGACAUUUUGUGUUCUGAUUGGGUAUGGCAGUUGCAGUAAUCUCAUGAGGCAUCUUGACGUUUUAUUCUUCAAGAACAUUAAUUAAAGUCUACAAAUGUAUGUAACUGCUGCAGAUUGCCCCUUUUUAAGUUAGAUUUUCCCUAUGUUAUUGUUUUCUGUCAGCUGUUACAACUGAAUUUGUUGUGGUAAGCUAUCUGUGGCAAUUUCAUGCCCAAAGAUGAGUUUUCCCAUGUUGACAAAACCAAUUAUGGAAGCUUUAGUAUGUGUUUUCUCACUGGCAUUGACAAAGGACAUGUGUAAUUGUAUCAAUUAACUUUUUCAACAAUAAGGAAUAGGCUGUAUAUGUAUAUCAAUUUCUUGAUUUGUCACGUACAUGCCGAAGCAGCUGGUAUGAAUGAAAGCAAAUGUUCAAAUUUCUAUGCCUACAUGUAGCAUAUACAGUGGGGUCUGAAAUUAUUGACACCCUUGAUAAAGUUGAGCAGAAAUUACUAUAAAAUAAUUAAAAUACUUAAAAAUGGGAAAGUAUAUUAUUUGAUACUAAUACAAUCGCUCAGAGAAAGAGAUUUUGUUUAACAAGGUGGGUCAAAUUUUUGAUACCCCUGUUUUCAAUACCUUUCAAUACCUCACCUUGUGAGGUUAACGGCACUGAGCGUUUUCUGUCAAAUGUUUUGAGUUAGAGAACACAUUGGGAGGUAUCUUAGACCACUCCACCAUACAGAAUACUUCCAGAUCCUUGAUAUACAUUGCUCUAUGGACUGCCCUUUUCAAACCACAGGUUUUCAAUCGCUUUCAAGUCCGGAGACUGAAAUGGCCAUUGCAAAAUGUUGAUUUUUGUGGCCAAUUAACAAUUUCUUUGUGAUUAAAAAAAUAUUAAAAUGAUUGGGGUUAUUGUCUUGCUGGAGGAUCCACGUGUUGCCAAGUUUUAGCCUCUUGGCAGAAGUAACCAGGUUUUUGGCUAAAAUAUCCAGGUACUGGGUAAAGUUAUUGAUGCUGUUGACCUUAACAAGGGCCCCAGGACCAGUGGAGGAAAAAUAGCCCAUUACAUCAAAGAUCCACCACCAUAUUUUACAGUAGGCAUGCUUUUUUUUCCUGCUCAUGCAUUCUCAUUUCGAUGCCAAACCCACCACUGGUGUGCAUGGCCAAGGAGCUCUAUUUUCAUAUCAUCCAACAAAUGUAAGCGCCUGGAGUUUACUAAACGGCUUUGGCACUUGGAUUGGAACUGACGCUUUCGUCACAUUUACAUGAUAAUAGAGCUCUUUGGCCACACACACACCAGUGAUGGGUUUGGCGUCAAUGAGAAAUAAGGCCUAUAUAUCUGUGGAUCUAGAGACACUACCCUCUGCUGGACAAAUAACUUUACAACAGCAAAUGAGACCAACAAUCCAGGAGCAUACAAUCCUAUAUCUUUUGAUGGCGCUAGCAGCCAAUAAUAGUUGAUUUUUAGGUUGGAGCUUGCUAAUGCUGAAAUAGAAGAACUUCAAGGUCAGUUUGCAGUAUCAUCUGUUGUGAGCAAGCCUCCAAAUUCCUCCCCAUUUGCUGUACAACCAUUGACUCUCGGCUACCCACUGGGCACACCACGUCAUUUCAACAUUGACAUUUUUUUAAUUGGUUGAGAUGUUGAUCAGUGAGACUGGGCACACCACGUCAUUUCAACAUUGACAUUUUUUUAAUGGGUUGAGAUGUUGAUCAGUGAGAUUUCAACCUUUAUUCACCCACUCAAGACUGCCAGAAGUUUUUUGAAUUCCCAAUGUUAUCACUAUGCUUUCAACCAGAUUUUUGUUUUUUAUUUAAAUGUGUUAUCACUGCACUUUCAACCAUUUUAAAGCACAACCAAGUUCAAAUGGGAAUUCAAUGUCAGAUAUUUUGUAUUUAUUAUACAACUUAAUGUGUUAUCACUGUGCUUUAUCUAAUAGCACAACCCAAUGAGCUGGAUUGCAGUUGAGAUUACAUUAAAGUACAUAGUGUAA